AUGCAGAACAGCUCUACCCGAAGGCUACGUGCAGCGCUCUUACGAGGCUUAGGAUUAUUGGCUACCCCCGCAGUGGCGAGUUGCCUCUGCUCAACAGCACCUCAAGCAUGUUCGAUUCUGGCUUCAAAAUUACCAGCUGAAGCGUUCUUAGCACCAAACUCGACGGAAUACCAGACAGUUCAGAACAGUUACUGGAGCGAAACGGCUGGUGAUCUAAGCCCUGCUUGCAUCACGCGACCCGGAAAUACGGAGCAGGUAGCCUCCAUCGUGAAGGUACUCUCAGUGUGCGGUAGCGAUGUUCAGUUUGCCGUUAAGAGCGGGGGCCAUGGAUCGUGGCCCGGGUGGUCCAGCACGGGGGAUGGAGUUCUCAUCUCGUUGGACUUGAUUGAUGGAGUCCAGAAUAUAGCUGACAAGGGCCAUGCUGUUGUAGGGUCUGGCGCGCGGUGGGUUGAUGUGUACGAGGCGCUUGAGCCCCAAGGGGUGACUGUCAUUGGGGGCAGAUUCGCAUCAAUUGGAGUUGGGGGGCUGGUCGUUGGAGGAGGUAUCAGCUACUUCACUGGGCUGUAUGGCAUGGCCUGUGAUAACGUUCUAAACUAUGAAGUUGUUCUUGCGAACGGGACCAUCGCCAACGUCAAUCAAACAUCCAAGCCUGACCUAUUCCGCGCACUCAAAGGCGGUGGCAAUCAGUUUGGCAUUGUAACCCGCUUCAGCCUGAAGACUUAUCGACAAACGACGCAGGUUUGGGCCGGCAUCUUGACCUUCUCCAUCGACAAGGCCAGCCAGGUUUUCAACGCCACGCAGGCUUUCAUCGCUAAUUGUGAUCCUCUAUCGCACUUGUACCUCAGCAUGGGAGGGGGCUCCAACCCUCAACUGGCCUUUAUAAAUGUCUAUGUCUUUUACAAUGCCUCUUCACCACCGACCGGCGACGCCAACCCUUUUACCGCCUUCUACGCAGCUGAACCAAUUGCAGACACAACCUCCAAACAAAGCUAUUCAGCCCUCAUAGCAUCGAACAAUAAUGGUAACGUGCCCCAGAAACGUUGGUUGAUCGGUGGCCACACAUUCCCCAAUCUGGUGGCGCCGUACGGCGCUGAUCUGUACCUUCAGCAAUGGCAGGCCUUUCGAGACAUGGCCAACGCAACAGCAGCCGGCGACCAGGAUCUACUCUUUUCCAUGGCGUUGGUGCCAGUGCCGGCACUUGCGAUGCGAGCCGGUGAGAACGUCACAGGCGUGAAGAGCGUGCUUGGCCUUGAACCUGACGCUGGCGAUGCCGUCUGGAUUGAUUACACGCUCGCUUGGCUGGAUGUAAAGGACGACAGUAAGAUGUUCGACUUUGCCGAGCUCAUCAGCAAGGCCGGAGAUAAACUGGCAACAUCCUUUGCGCCUGGAGAACCCAGCACAAACACCAUCCUUGGCUCUGUAACAGCCAAGGAGGCAGACUUUUACCGGACUAAUCCACGGUACAUGAAUUAUGCCCUCCUUAACCAGCCUGUCCAGUCUAGUUAUGGUAAGAGAAAUGAGCAGUUCUUGAAGCGUGUACAGAAGCGAUACGACCCGGCUGGGUUAUGGAGAAAGAAUGGUGGUUUUCUGUGGGACUGA